AUGGGAGCCCCUCCCUUCCUCAAAAAGGUUGGCCAGUGGUUAUCCCCUCCACCUGCAAAAUCCGAAGAUGGCCGUGAUCAAUGGGGCACAAGAGCGUCCUUCUUGCUCGCAGCCAUGGGUGGUUGCGCCGGUAUGGGAAACCUAAUUCGAUACCCUUCUCAAGUGUACAACAACAACGGUCUUCAGUGGUUUAUUCCCUAUCUGAUGUGUGUCUUCCUUAUCGCCAUUCCGGCUCUUAUUCUCGAAGUCAGCAUUGGUCAAGCCUACCGCGGAGGCUCGGUCGUCGCUUUCAACAACAUCCACCACCGUCUCAAGGGUCUGGGCUUCAGUUUACUAUAUAUCGGUUUCAUCGUCAGUCCUUAUUUUGUCGUUAAUCUGUCCUGGAUCAUGAUUUAUUUCCGAAACUCCUUCCAGAGCCCCUUGCCGUGGGAUGGACGUGCCGAGGAUUACUACUAUCAAGACGUGGUCCAGAAUGUCGAUGCGAUUCCUGGUAACAAAACUUCCAGCGGCGUUCAGGAUUAUGUCCAGUAUCCCGGUACCGCUCUUAUCGGAGAAACUGUAGGCUGGACCGCCUUCAUUUGGUUCCUUGUUUGGAUUUCCAUCUUCCGAGGUAUUGGACAGACCGGCCGUGUUGUCUACUUCACUAUGGGCUUGCCCGUUGUCCUAACUAUCAUCCUUGUCGGACGGUCUGUCUCCCUUCCUAACGCCGGCCGUGGCGUUAAGCUAUACUUUGGUGAGUGGAAUGGUGAUAAGCUGGCUUCUGGUGAGAUCUGGCAGACAGCAGCAGGUCAAGUUUUCUUCUCGACUGGUGUUGGCUUCGGUUAUUUCAGCUCUUAUGCAUCUUACAACCAGAAGCACGCCAACGCUGUCAUGGACUCUUGUCUUAUUGUUGGCAGCAAUGUUCUCUUUGAGGGCUUUGCUGCCUUCGCCGCCUUUGGUGUUGUUGGAUAUCUGGACAUGAUGCCUGUCCCCGGAGAGCGAAUCGGUUCUUUCACUAUCGGUUUCUUGACAUUGCCUACAGCCAUCACACAACUUCCUGGAUCCUCGUUCUGGGCUUUUGCUCUAUUCUUCACACUGGUGGUUCUUGGAUACAGUUCUGCUUUCGCCAUGGUCGACGCUGUUGUCACUCUUGUCAUGGAUACCAAGCCCAGAAUACGCCGCGAAUGGGUAGUCACAGCUCUUGUUAUCCUCUCGUUCCUCAUUUCAUUGCCAUACUGCACUCAGUUCGGUUACGCUCUCCUCACUGGCGUCGACCGCUGGAUCAACGAUGUCGCCCUAGUGUUUGUCGUCUUUGGUGAAUGCGCCUUCUCCACGACCUUCUACCGCUGGAGAGAUGUUGCUGGCCAAGUCGGAAAGCCUGCUUUCUUUAUCUGGAACUUUGGAUACUUCGGUGGAAUGGUUCUUGGUGUCGCUGUUGCCCACGCUGUUCAAGCUGAGGCUGGUGCUGGAGUUGGUUUUGGCAUCUUCAUUAUUUGCUCUAUCGUAUCUUGUGUCAUUGGCAAGACGCCUGACGAUAUUCCUCCUGCUCUUAGCUUUGGCGAAGACCGGGGAUUUAUCCGUCGAUCUAUCGGCAAGAGCUCCGUUCUCUCCAAGCUCUUUGGCAGCGUCUUCUUCAGGCGCUUCUGGUAUAUGACCUUCUACUCUGGUCAGCAGCUUCGAAGAGAUCUCAACGUUAUUGUUGCCACUGGAAAGAACUGGAGCAUUCCUGCCUUCUGGCCUAUCCUCCUGCGAUUCAUCUCGGCGCCUGUCCUCGCCAUCAUCUACGGUUUCUCUUACCCCGCCUUUUACCAGCUCCGUGAUGACCCUCUUCAUAUUCUCGGUUUUGGCCUUGCUCAUAUUUGCCUGGUCCUUAUUGGACUUGGAGUUCUUGUGCCGCGCUGGUAUAACACCAUCAUUCCUCCCGAUCGACGCGAGGAGGGUAAGCUUCCCUACGCACCCAAUGUGCUGUUGGAUGGUGAGGAGCCUAGAAGAACCGAGUCUAUGGAGACUGCUGAAGGACUGGAGGAUUCCGAAGGUGGUGAAAGCCAGGAGAAGAAGCAAUAA